AUGAACAAGGGUGUCAAGCUGCAGACAACCAAUGUUACUCCCACCCGAGAGGGUAUAUUGAAUGCGCAGUUGCCGCCAGAUGAAAGGUUCGUAGUCGAUUAUUCAACGGUGUAUAGGAAUGCUCCAUCCGUGAUCCAACUUAUUGAAGAAGACUUGGAGAGCGCUCUGUAUGUCCAGUUCAAGGAGAUGCUUACUGCGUUUCUGAGGAUGAUGCGGACGGACACGCCCAAGUUUGAUGCCUCAAAGGACUUCAACGCUUUCCUGGACGAAUCGGUCAGAAUGAAGUGUUCCACCGAAAAGGACUUCUGUCCUCACCUGGCAUCCGCUCUCAACAACAUCUUGAAGUAUGGCCGAGGGAAGGUUAUUGGGACUUUGAAACACGUCCCCGGAGACGACGAAUCGAUUAUGGUCGUGAACGAUCCUGGCAUUUUGGAAUGUGAAUCCAAGUCCCUAUCUGAAUGCACCGAUUACUACAAGUGGAAGGGAAAGCCGGACCUGAUCCACAUGACGAUACAAGCGCUGGGACGAAUCGUAGGCCGGCGCGACGAGCCCUUUGACGUCUGGUUCGCACAACUUGCCAAAUCGCACAGAACCUCCCCAAACGGAUUAGAGGGAAAGAAGGCCCAUUGGAGGGAUCCCCUCGACUGUUGGGAGAUCAAGAGAGGAGGAGACGUAAUGUCCGACGAUAAGCUUGCGCGCCUGACGGACAAGGAAUACCAAUUCACAGUUAACUGUGCCGAUGAACGAACUUUCGACAGGGCGAGCGUCCCCGCGACUAAACCCACCGCACGUCCGACAGCCCCACCGCCUUCCUCCUCAAGGGAGAGCUCUCGUAGUCAAACUUCAGUCAAAUCCUCUGGAGGAGUGAAACGAUCGCGGACAGAGGAACAGUCCGGCAGCGCUCCCAAGAAGCCCAAGGUAGAGCGGGAAACAGAACCUCUCCCCCUCCAUCUAAAGGCGGAAACCCAGGCUGGGUUCUACGGGCUCGAGCUAAUGCGAGCGAGGUGGAACCGCACCUAUGCGAUCGUCAUCCUUCUCGAAGGCAAUAAACUAUCCCUCCACUGGUACGACCCACAGGGAUGCAUCAGAACCCAUCCUAUCGACAUCGUUAGCCAGCUUCCUCUCCUUGUCGCCAUGAUGCUCAUCUUCCAGCGCUUCGACGAUCGGAUGCGUGGCAACGGCAAGUUCCAGUUGAACAUCGAAGUCGACGGGGAGACAGUCCCCCACACGCUUGACGACAAUGUCCACAAUCACUGGAUGCUCAAAGGCAGGCGUUCAGCCAGUGGGAAGCUAUUCCCGCACGGGAAGAAACCCAUUUCGCCACCGAACUCCGAAUCAGGCUGCUUGCCCAGUUACGAGCUCACAAACCCGCAAGACUACUUUCGUGCGAUCUGGCAGCUCAUUCGAUGUCAUUUUCUACUAUGGCAACUCGGGAUCGCGCACGGCGAUAUCAGCAACACGAACCUCAUGCUCCGUCAGAGCGGUGGUGGCAUUCAGGGCUGUUCUAAACGACUUCGACUUGGCCGUGAUCAUGACGCCCGGAGAUCUCUCCCCCGAGAAGGCAGGCAUUAA